CCAACAUUGUAAGACUGAUACAGUCUUCAGUCACUCACUCACUCACUCACACAGAUGGUCGGCAGUAGGAGUCCACGCAGGACUACCACUCUCACUGCGUUGGCUGUCACCUGUCUCUUGGUGGUCGUCCUGCAUAUAUGGAUGGACCCUCUGCCAUUCCUGCUGCCAUCAGCAUGGACUGCAGACGCAGAGGUUCCGGUUCGCGCUGUGCCUGGGAGGACGGGUGGUCAAGUCCCCGGAUUUAUGAUACUGGAUAAUGUCUGGAUCGUUGAUCGGACAUUCUAUAUUCCUGAACGGCUGGACGGUGUCUCUGCCCACAUGAUCUCCAGCGAUCCAUUCAAGGUUGAAAUUGGAUCAAUGGGUGAUCCUUCUACGGCGGACAUUCGCUUGGAUGGUCUGACAUUACUGUUCAACGAAGCUGGAUUUCAUUUCAUGUGGCAUUAUUACCAUUUCGUAACGGAGGAUCUUCUCGGUGGUCUUGCAGCUCUUGCAGCCACUCCGCGAGCCCAUCGAAGAAACCUGAUAUCUUCAAACGCCGAAUCUGAUCCGCUGCCGGCACGUUUGGCGAUCCCGUGGGAACCGGGCUGGCGGGAUAGAUGGGGCAUGAACAAUGUCGUCGUCAAGGCUAUGUUCGGUGCGAAUGUCAUCGAUUCAGAUCAAUGGACGACCAUGACUGCUGGAAACAAAACUGUCUUCUUGCCACAGGUCCUCAUUGUUGACCGAUGGGCAUCCCAGAAUCACAACAAAUUAGCGCAAGAUUGGAACAAGAUGGCAUUGCCGGUCUACGCCCAAGCGAAACCGAAAGGAUUCUUCGACCCAGCUCGACAAAAGGUCUUCAAGUCUCUGGGGAUAGCCAAGCCAAGCGAUCCUAUACCUGUCAUCGUGUAUAUCGACAGACAAUCCACCGAAAGACGGAUGAGUCAGGAGUCGCAAUAUGCGUUGUUGGCCCUCGGCGAGAGCAUGCAAGCUCGUGGCGUCAUACGUUGGAAACAUGUCAUCUUGGAGGAUUUAACGCCAGAACAGCAAAUCGAGAUCGUGUCUGAUGCCUCAGUACUUCUUGGGAUCCAUGGGAAUGGAAUGACCCAUCUUGUCUGGAUGCCAGAAGGAUCAACAGUGAUCGAGCUCUUCCCCUAUGACUCCUUCAUCCGUGACUAUCAAUGCGUCGCGGAGGUUUUGGGUUUCAACUACUUUGCCAUACAAAAUGACAGUGUCCUCUUGAGAGAGGAGUGGAGUCGUCAUAUUGGCGAGCUGAAUCCCAAGACUUUGCACAAUGGGACUGAGAUUCCACUUCAUGUGCCGUUCCUAGAGGACAUUCUGAGUAUAAUACUGUGAAAGGAGUUACCUCCUCCAGACCAGGAAUCGGCUUUUCAACCAGCGUUAAAAUGAGCGCCAUGGUACCUCAAGAACGCCGGGCGAAUAGAGCACACUGGCUGGACAGUGUUGACGAUGGCUGGCUGCCGGAGAGCAAGGGGUCACUCAUCAACCUGGUUGUAUAUAGAUCUACAGCCUAAUAAUCAGGCCCCGAUAUGGCUUGAAGCGUGAUGUGGCAUAUAAAGUCACGCUGUGAGAAGUUGCCGUUAUCAGCCAAGCGACCCAGCUCGUCUCGCGAUAUGA